GAAACCUUGUCGUAGCUCCUGCUGCUGUUGCUGCUGCAGGACUUUUGUGAUCCGAUUUGCCAUUUUCUGGCAUGGGGCUUCUGAGGGCGAGUUGGGGAAUAACCCAUAGGCCGGUGUGCUUUUGACGUGAACUCCACGCUGUACAACGUAAUCCCGGUACAUGGUGGUCGCUCUUGCGGAUGGAUGGAUGUCAGCGGCUACAUUGUACGCUGGGAAAGUCGGAUGCUCCUCGUUUGAGCUACAGAGGUCUGUAAGGAAGGACCGCUCAACUGGGGUAGCGGUGAACAGACGAAAUUAUCUCGACAUGCCGAUCCUGUGGACACGAGAGGCAUAAAUGUACGAAUGUCGGAGUUUCUCCGGUGGCCGAUUUCUUGGCCAUCCGAGACGCUUGUCAGGAGACUGACUGCGAAGGUCAUCAGAUGGAAAUAAAAGCUUCUCGAAGGGUCACUUGAAUAUCUAUGGACGCCUCGGCCGCUUUUCGCACUCAGAGAGCCCUCUCUCCUGCAAGAAGCGCAAGAUAUUGAUGGUAGACAUUUUGCAUCGAGCUCGGAAUUUGAAAUCCUGCAUUUAGGUUACGCCCCGAGAGCGAAGCCAUGUCUCACUACAAGACCCUCGUGCCACUCCUCCACCUCCAGGAGUCUGGCCGGGUUCAAACAAAUAAAAGAAAAGGG